UCAUACGCCUGUGUUAUAUUUAAAACACUCAAGGAAUGUAUAUGUAUAUGUACAAGCAGAGGCUUUUUAAGUGGGUAAAGAAAACAGCGUUGGGUUCAACGGAAUAAGCGACAAAGGGUUAUACCGUGUCGUUGACUCUCCAGGAUUAGUCAUAUUUGUUUAGUUACAGACUUUCUAGCGCGUUAAGUAGUUUCGCGGCGAAGGUCCUCGUGUCAAUGUUCGGUUCACGGAUGUGACAUUACACAGCUUAACCUACCAAAAGAGGAGUUGUGUUUAUUGAACCAAUCUUUCUUCCAUCUAAAAGAUUUUAUUCUGCGUACAACUUCCCAAAUUUGUACAACUCAAUGUAACGUUUGAAUAUACACGAGGAUCAUUUAAAUGAUAAGAAAAAAAAAAAAAACAAAAUAAGUAAAAGAAAUUUUCAACGUUCAGAAACGGAUCAAUCACAGUGAUCAUGAAAACCCAACUCGGUUGGUAUUUUCAAAAUAUCAAAUUUCAAAUGUCAUAUGAGAAUAUGAAACUCUUACAUUAGUAUUUUCCAACUGGGUGUAUUUGUGUUAAACGAGUCGACGGUGUGAAGGGAGCUUAAUAGAGAGUAACAUGUGCAAGCAAAGAAUAGUGGCGAUGCCGAUGUUGCCGGGGCACGAGCUACACCGUGAUCGCUCUGUUCUCCACGAACUCUGACCGAUACUUACUCGAUCGAGAUCUCCAACAAAUCUAUGAGUGAGAAUUGAAAAUAUAAAUGUUCAAUUAUUCUUAUCUAAUAAUAAGAGAUCAAACAUUGUUCUUAUCGUUAAGUCGAUGAAAAAUAAGAUACUACGAAUCUAUCAGUUAAAUAAAAAUAAGCUAGAUCAUCUAUGUAAAGGGGAUACUGAAGUGUGCGUGUAUGUGUUUCUCAAAGUUAACUCGCACAGUGUAUAAAUCGAGUCUCGAAGAAGUGGUGUGUGUGUGUGUUCGCUAAAUUAUACGUUUCCACGUGCAUUCGGUAUAUUGUGAAGAUCGGACGUUACACAUUGUAACGGGUGAUGCACAAGUGAGCAGUGAAAGCUUUUAAUUAUUUUCAUUUUGAAUAAUAUCAACCACAUUUCUCAAAUUUUAAGGUGAACGUUCAUUGAUAAAUCAAAAGGAUGUUCGCCAGACUUUGCAGACAAGCUCCAAACGGAGACUUGAAGAGGCGACACUCUUGGAACAGCGAAGCGGAUUAUCAAUCGAUCGAAGCUGGAGUUGAAACGAUUUCAGGAGAAGAAGCUGAACUUUCAUCCUCCGAAAACGACGAUAGAAUUUCAUACAAGGAAAAUGGCUGUUCGAUGCAGACGGUGGACUUGGUGGCUAAUUGUCCACUUCCGGUGGUGACAGGAUCUUCGAGGUCGCCAUCGCCAUCAAGGUCGUCGAGACCCACGACGCCCUUGACACCCGUUGCAUCGACGAGGAGCAUGGGGCAACGGCCAAGUACACUUUUGCGUCCGAAGAUCUCUUUGACUUGGGUCCUACGUGGUCAGCAGCAGCAGCAACAACAACAACAACAACAACAACAACAACAGCAGCAACAACAACAACAACAACAACAACAGCAGCAACAACAACAACAACAACAACAACAGCAGCAACAACAACAAUCUACUACCGGAAACGAAAAUAAUCAUUCAGUCUCGAACACGACAGGAACAAACGUUCAUCGUGACACACUUUCGCAUGAUAGCAGAGAAGUAUCCUCGAGAAGGAGCAUCAAAAGUGAAAAAGAAAAAGAUGCUGGCAAGGAGAACGUCGUUGGACAAGAAAAACGUGAAAAAAAGAUUCUUCAUCGAAUCGAAAAGAUCGACAAAAUGGAAAAGUCUAUUAACAAGGAGACCAUUAUCAACGACAAAACUAUCGACAGUCUGUUAGACAAGUAUCCAGAAAAGGAAUUCGCAAGUACGAAAGACACGAGAGAGAAAGAAAAAGUGAAGAAAGCUGUUUCCGAACCAUCUCUUGUAUCGCGCGAAUCAACCUCGACUCCAAACAGUCGUGAAAAGUACAGACACAGACGUACCAAACGACCACAUAAAACGAGACCACCUAGUAGAUUCGGUUACGAAAUUGCUGACCUGGAUGCAUUUUUAACUAAGGCAUCCAUAGAAAGACCAGCAAACAUCCCAGUAGUUUUAUCCUUCCCGUCAGUCUUAUAUCAAACGCAAGGUGGUACACAGGAUGAAAUGGCAUUACCACUCGGAACAGUAGUAAAUGCGGUCUUCAAAAAUCAAAGUUGGUUGUAUGUACAAACACCACACGGACAAGAAGGUUAUGUUGGAUAUGCAGCUUGUUUACCACUAGGAAUAUUACCACAACCUACGCGUGGACCAUGUUGGGAAGACUCGACUGAUGUUUUUCCACGUCCGUUGGGUAACAUGACUGAUACCGAAAAAUUACGAGACACCAGAUCAGAAUGUGGUGCCCGAAGUAGAAACACUAGAGUGAGAAGAGGUUCUCGAGAUGCGGUUUCUGCCUGUGGAGAACGCAGUGUUGAUAGAUUAUAUUUGAGAGCAGCUGCUAAUGCUAAAACGAAAGGAGCUAGGCAUACUUUGCUCGUUAUACGUAACGAUUACGAAGGUCGUGGUACUAACUCUUUGAGCGUUUCGAAAGGUGACGUCGUCGCUCUUCUGAGCGAUCACGUAAAUGAUUGGUUUUGGGUUCGAUCGAGAGAUGGUAGAGAAGGCUUUAUACCGGCUGUGGUUGCUGGUCAUGGUUUCUUGUAAAAUAAAAAAAAAUAUAUACAUAUAUAUAUAUAUAUAUAAAACAAUUGCAGUCGUGCGUAGAGUGUCCAUUGAUUCGACGAGACAUCAAUGGAAUGAUUGUACAUUUGUAUAAUAAUUUUAUAUGAUGUGCAAAAUAUUAUUGUAAUAAUAUAUUUAUUAUUUAGACGAGGAAGAUCAUUAAAAGAUUUUAAUUCUUCUAAUUGUAAAACAUUUACACGAGGUGAUACGUUAAUUCCUUCCUAAAAAAAUUAUUUCGUUAUGCGUGUGUAAGAAAAUUGCCUAAUAUCAGGUGUCAUGCAGUAAAGUUUAUUCCAAUGCUAGUCAAUCAACAGAUAGCAUAUGAAAUCCCGACAAUCGAUUAUCAUCCUUGAAAGAUCCUAUUUCGAUAUAUCUAGAACUCCAAAAAGAUUUCCAUAAACAAUGACACCUAUUUCAAAU